CAGAGUGAAACAUAAGCUAACAAGAAUCCAGAGGCGCAGGAGUUGAGUUGCCGCCAAAACAUCCGAAUGGGGAGGAGAAGAGGGACAAGAUAUUCUCCAAAAUCAUAUAAAUCGGACCACCCCGUCGCCGCCGCUACUCCUCUUGCUAAUCUAACCCUCAACUCUGUGCUGUUGCAUGAUUGGUGGCUGGGCAGGGCGCGGCCCAGGGGUUUAGCUAUUGGAGGAUUUGAAUGCAGAGGGAGACAAGGACAAAGAGUGUUCUGUUCUGCAGCCAUUGCCAAAAGACACGAUGCCACCACUCUUGAGACUGCGGAUGGCAUCACAAUUGCAAUCUGCGGCUUCAUCAAUACCUCUCGUACGCAUCAAAACGGCUUUCCACUUGAGUUUUGCAGUCAUUUCCUCUUUGGAUUUCCAUAUGACUGGGAAGAAUAUGCUUCACAGUAUUCUAAUGAAGAAUCGGCUGGUAGAGGUACUCAAGCAAGCAUGUCUUCUGGCAGCAAUGCAGUUUCUUUCUUGCCAGCUUCUUUAGACAAUCUUCCUGCUACAAGGAUACGUGAUAUUUUAAUGUUUUCUGCUGGAGAUUCCGAAAACUCUAUUCUGAAAAGAACUAUUACCGAUCACGUGCUGGGAAAACUCAGUACUCAUGCUUCUCAAGAUGCAAGAACAUCAGUUGAUUCAGACAUGGGAAACACACAUUCAAAUACCUGUUCUUAUUCUGCUGAUGGUGAAAAUUCGAAUUGUCAUAAGAAGGUGAAGGUUAAUAGGAAUCAUAUGGAUGAUAAUAACAUCUCAGAUUCAAGGAGUACAAUAACAGUGGAAUCUCAGAAUGAUGUUCAGUCUAAGAUGCAUGUAAGCAUCCUUACCCGACCAACAGGUGUUACCACCAGAAGCAUGACUAGGUUGAAGUAUCUUACAGAAAAGCAGGAGGGCUUUCAUAAAAGUCUUCUGUAAAGCAUAUAAAGGCUGUUUAACUUUCAUCACCAGUGGCCAAAGGAAAGCCAUCAUGGAGAAAAUGAAGGAAACAAGCAGGCUAUAAGAAACUCUCAGCCAAAUCCUUCAUCAUACCCCCAAGUAUUCCUCAGUUUUCAACAUCAGAGCCUUCCACAAAGCAUCCCAUGAAGAUAGCUACUAGAAGUGCUUUAAUAGGGAGUCAAGAAACAACAUUAACAAGGCAGGAAGUUGACAUUGUUCAGCUUUCAUAACCAGAGGCCAUCGUAAACCGGUCUGGAGAGAAUCCAGAGAAUUAGCAGGCUGAGAAUCUUUCAGCCAAAUCCUUCAUCAUGCCUAAAAGUAAUGCUCAACUUUCAAUAUCUGAGCCGUCCAGGAAGAUAGGAACUAGAAGUGCAGUAAGAGGGAGGUGCUCAACAGCAUUAGCAAGACAGAAAGGUAAUGUCAGAAAUCCUAUUAAAUCAGCCGAGAGAAGGUGCCAAGAUAAAACUCUUGGUAAAGAUCAAAGAGUUGUUUUUUCGGCCCCAGUAGUUAAACAUGGGAUUUCUUCCAACCAUGGUUCUAGUUGUCAUUGUGAAAUAUUGUUAUAUAAUUUAUUAUGCAGUUUACUUAUGUUUAUCUUAUACCAUUAGAUAUGUUGGUUCAA